AGAUAUUAUAAGUUAGUUAUCGUUUUGCUAUAAGACCUUAACAAAAUUAUCGGUUACACAAAAUAUGUAGAAAAUGUCGUGCACCGUGCCAUGUCUAACGACAUCCCUUUUCCCUUCGACAUUUUUUUUAAAUUAAUCCAUCCAAAAAAAAGAUGUCGAUAAGAUGGAAGGGUUAGUCCUGGUUGAAAUCAAAAGGACAUUGAAUACUUUUGAAGGGUAAUCAAUUGAACCAUAAUCAUAUCGAAAGGACACAGCCAGCAAGAUGACUUUAUCAGACGAACAAGUUAAAUCUGAACUUACCAAGAUGCAAGCUUUCAUUGAGAAAGAAGCCAAAGAAAAGGCUAAGGAAAUCAAAUUAAAGGCUGAUGAAGAAUACGAAAUUGAAAAAGCAUCCAUUGUUAGAAGUGAAACUGCUGCUAUUGAUUCUAAUUAUGAACAAAAAUUAAAGAAAGCAUCUUUAGCUCAACAAAUUACAAAAUCAACCAUUGCUAAUAAAACUAGAUUGAGAAUCUUAUCUACCAAAGAAGAAGUCUUGAAUGAAAUAUUUGAUGAAGUCAAGAAUGAAUUAAAGAAUGUUACUACUGAUAAAUCAAAAUAUUUACCUGUUUUAGUUGGAUUAAUUGAAGAAGGUGUAUUGGCUUUAUUAGAAGAUAAAGUCAGUAUAAGAGUUAGACAAAGUGAUCUUGAAUUAGCUAAAGAAGCUUCCAUUGAAGCUGCUAAGAACUUUGAAUCUAAAUCUAAAUUCGCUGUUGAUAUCGCUAUCGAUGACGAAAACUUUUUAAGUAGUGAUAUUGCCGGUGGUGUUGUUGUUAUUAAUGGUACUGGUAAGAUCGAAGUUGAUAAUACCUUAGAAGAAAGAUUAAAGAUCUUGGCCGAAGAAGCCUUACCAGCUAUUAGAUUAGAAUUAUUUGGUCCUUCUCUUACCAGAAAAUUCUUUGAUUAGUUGGAUAGAAAUACAAUCCACAUUUCCUUCCUUCAUCAUCUAUCCUAUUUAAUCUAUCUAUCUACUCCCAUUUAGACAAAAAUGCAUCUUAUGUUAUUCUUUUUAACCAUUUCCAUUCUUGAAAAGUUCGUUAUACGAGAACGAGCUUCAUAUAAAGCUAUUUUUUAUACAUAUAUGAGUACCCCAAGAAGUUUUCCGUUUUUUUAAUUCUCAUAUUUUUACUAUUAAUUAUAUACAUUUAUUUCAUCAUACCAAUGCUUACUGACUUUUAUUAUUUUAUUUAAAUUUAUCUAUCUAUUUGUAGUGUAUAUGAUUUUGUAAUGUAUAUACACGUUGGCAUAUAUUACUUUAAUUU